AUGUCCACGGAAAAAGCACAAGCGUUCGCCCAUCGCGUCGUCGAGUUCGCCGACUACGAGCAAUGCGUCAAGUUCUUUCUGGAGAAGGACAUUGACUUUGACCGGUCUAAUGACAUGGGCUGGACGGUGCUCAUGAGCGUCUGUGCCUGUGGCCGUGACGACCUCGUGGGGCUCUGUGUCGACCGAACAACCGCACUCGACUCUGCGACAACGACAAACCGAACGACUGUGCUGCAUCUAUCGGCCAUGUCCAAGAACGUGCGGGUGAUCGAGGCGCUCGCGGCGACUCGCGAACGGAAGCACAAGCUGCAGCAAGUCAUUGACCAGACCAACGCACACGGCGACACGGCUCUGAUGAUGGCGUGCGUUGCCAAGAACGUUCGCGCGGUGCAGCUGCUUGUCGAGAUGGGGGCAAACACGAGCGCUGCCAAUGCGAGUGGCAUGACGGCCCUCAUGUGCGCUGCACGCAUUGGCAACGAUCCUCGUCCCGGGGUCGCAACAGCUGAGGAGCGGAUGGAGCACAGCGCUCGCAUACUGGACGUGCUUCUUGCAACUGGAGCCGAUGUCAACGUCGUCGAGAAGGCAGAGGGCAACACGGCGCUGCAUCUGGCCGUGCUGAGCGCGAACCUCCAUGCGGUCGAGUCGCUGACGGCACGUGCACGAGGUCUGGACCUGACCGUGCGAAACCGAGCAAAGCAGACAGCACUGGACGUGUGCAAGCGCAUGUCAGGCGUGACGUCUGCGCGGAUCGAAGACCGGCUGCGUGACAAGUGGGCUCAGCACGAGCAAGCGGCGGCCCAGUUGAGCGUCGAGAUGGAGCGAGAGCUGCUGCUGUGCUUGGCGGUGGGUCCUCCAACAGGCGAACCGAACCACAAGCCGACGUCGGUGGCACAGCCUCGUAGGAAGCACGACAAGAAGACUGCGGAGAACGGCGAGGCGUUGACCAGCGCCUUGUCGUCGGCAAGCGCUUCAGCUUCAGCACCAGAGCUGGACGACGGUCUUGCAAGCGUGAGCACGACGGAGCCUUCUGGACCAGACACUGCUAGUGCAGAAGUCGGACUGCAACUCCAUUUAGUGCGAGUCGACGAAGACGUUCACGAUGCUGAAAGCUCUUGGCACAGCGUCGUCACGAAGAAAAGUCGGCGUAAGGAUACGGUGCGCGGAAAAGCAGAAGCCAAACCCAUGCGUGAGAGCAAAACGCUUCCUCGCAAACCCCUUCCAGCCACCGCGAAGCAUCUGCAACCACUUGCCGAGUCGGACCGAGUUCCAGCGGAGCAAACGAGUUCAGAUCACACCGAGGUACCAAUCUCGACGAAACCAGUGCCACAAGCUUCUCUGUCGAGCCAGCCUCGUGUCCCUCGUACGACAAAGACCCCCACGUCUGCAAUCGAGCGCAGGCACGUGACGUCCAAGUUGGAUGACAGCGAGCUCUCGACGUCAAGUAUCUCCUACGACGUGAUGAACACGAGCUUCCACCGAACGUUUCCCGUGACAGCUGAGCUAGAGAUUAACGUGGAGAAGUUCCUCAUUGCAUCGUCCACAAGCGACCGCGAGCUCGAGCCCACUGGUAGCUUGAGCAUCUCUCAAGUCGAAGCCCUGCAAGAGUCACACUGGCAGGCGUACCAUUACCUUAAUGAGAAAAAGAUCGAAUUGACGCGAGUACUCGAAGCUCAACGCGUCGAGGCCCGAUUCGCCUUGCAGCACGAGUUGAUGCAGUGGAAGUGA